AUGCAGGUACUGUACAACCACUAGCCACAUCCCGCCAUGACUGUCCUAUGUAACAAACUCACUUAAACUGCAACCUCCAACUUUGAACAUAUCUUGGAUCUAACUAUGAGCAAGAUUGAUAGAGCUCAAGUUCUACACGCUGUGCUUCUGUCCCUCCCUUGUGUCCAGUACUCCCCUCCUCUCAGGUCUCAUCCCUCUAUCCCUCCCUGGCUGACCUUGUCCAGUACUCCCCUCCUCUCAGGUAAGUCGGAUUUUGUGAAAGGGUACAACACGCCAUGGUUGCUGUGAGUUACACCCACUGUGUGAGCCGGUAUUUGGUACAGAGACAGUGCAAUGAGUCAUGAGGCCAGACAACAGGGCUGUACUGACCUGGCCUACCAGAUGUUCCAUAACAUAGAAGUACAGUAGUCUUACACUGUAACAGCACCUUUUCAUCCUCCAACACACUCAAAAAAACCUUCCUCUCCACUUAAUUUUUCGCCUUUCAAUUUGAUGAUCAAAUGGCCUCCUCAAGAAUAGUAAAAUGUUGUCUUCUGUGAUAAACAGAAAUCCGUCCUCUACCUUGUAUGUCCCCUUUGAUAGAAAAUGUUCUGAAUGGUAAUGAAGGCAGAAAUCGUCCCUGGCCACUAUAUAAUUUAUUCCUGUUUAUUCUGUUAACCCUUUGACCAGAUAGACAGAGCAGAGUUGGCAGCUCUUAGAGCUAGAUUCCGUUUCCUUAUAAAGACAUUCAACCUCACGCCCUCUUCAAUAAACUACUUAUAAAGACAUUCAACCUCACGCCCUCUUCAAUAAACUACUUAUAAAGACAUUCAACCUCACGCCCACUUCAAUAAACUACUUAUAAAGACAUUCAACCUCACGCCCUCUUCAAUAAACUACUUAUAAAGACAUUCAACCUCACGCCCUCUUCAAUACAUUACUUACAGUGCAUUCGUAAAGUAUUCAGACCCCUUCAGCUUUUCCACAUUUUAUGUUACAGCCUUAUUCUAAAAUUGAUUAAAUAACCCCCCCCCCCCAAAUCUACACACAAUACCCCAUAAUGACAAAGCAAAAAUAUGUUUUUAGAAAUGUUUGCAAGUUUAUAAAAAAAUAAAAGUAUUCAGACCCUUUACUCAGUACUUUGUCCUGUUUGCGGAUGAACCUGCUGCCACCACCAUGCUUCACCGUAGGGAUGGUAUUGGCCAGGUGAUGAGCAGUGCCUGGUUUCCUCCAGACAUGACGCUUGGCAUUCAGGCCAAAGAGUUCAGUCUUGGUUUCAUCAGACCAGAGAAUAUUGUUUCUCAUGGUCAGAGUCCUUUAGGUGCCUUUUGGCAAACUCCAAGCGGGCUGUCAUGUGACUUUUACUGAGGAGUGGCAUCUGUCUGGCCACUCUACCAUAAAGGCCUGAUUGGUGGAGUGCUGCAGAGAUGGUUGUCCUUCUGGAAGGUUCUCCCAUCUCCACAGAGGAACUCUGGAGCUCUGUCAGAGUGACCAUCGGGUUCUUGGUCACCUCCCUGACCAAGGUCCUUCUCCCCAGAUGGCUCCGUUUGCCCUGGCGGCCAGCUCUAGGAAGAGUCUUGGUGGUUCCAAACUUCUUCCAUUUAAGAAUGAUGGAGGCCACUGUGUUUUGGGGGACCUUCAAUGCUGCAGAAUUUUUUUGGUACCCUUCCCCAGAUCUGUGCCUCGACACGAUCCUGUCUCGGAGCUCAAUGGACAAUUCCCUCGACCGCAUGGCUUGGUUUUUGCUCUGAAAUGCACUGUCAACUGUGGGACCUUAUAUAGACAGGUGUGUGCCACUCCAAAUCAUGCCCAAUCAAUUGAAUUUACCACAGGUGGACUCCAAUCAAGUUGUAGACACAUCUCAAGGAUGAUCAAUGGAAACAGGAUGCACCUGAGCUCAAUUUCGAGUCUCAUAGCAAACGGUCUGAAUACUUAUGUAAAUAAGGUAUUUCUGUUUUUCUUUUUUAUACAUUUGCAAAAAUGUAUAACCUGUUUUCACUUUGUCAAUAUGGGGUAUUGUCUGUAGAUUGAUGACAUUUUUUUGGGAAUCCAUUUUAGAAUAAGGCUGUAACGUAACAAAGUGGAAAAAGUGAAGGGGUCUGAAUACUUUCCAAAUGCACUGUAUAAUAAAGACAGCAUUCAACCUCACGCCCUUUUCAAUACACUACUUAUGGGGACAACAUUCCACCUCGUGUCCUCUUCAAUACACUACCUACAAUGAAGACAACAGAGGUUUCUUUCAUGUAAUCACUGUAAUUUUACCCCGCUGUAACCUUAUCCCGGUGGCCAUUUUGUUUCCUUCUUUUAUCGGCUUAUCUUGCCUGACUGUUACAGGAACCAUUCUCUCCCCUUCAGUUACUGACAUGGUCUAAUCUUCAGCCUCCUUUUAUCCUGUUUAUCCUGUUAACCCUUUAACCACUCCAGAUAGUUGAAUGCACUGUAUAAUGAUUCAGGUUUGUGCAUUGCUUCCAUAAUCACAAGAGGGAGCCGUCACACCAUCUAUGUAACUGCACAUUAUUGAUGUGAGUGCAUAACACCUCUGCCUGUGUAUUGCAGGGCUGUCUCCUACCAAUGACAUUAGUUUUGAGCUGUACAGGGACCCCAGCAUGGAGCCAUCUAUUCCAGGCAUGGUGGAGGAAGCAUCCUCAACAAAAAACCCAAGGGAUUCUUCAUACUAGAGAAGAGUAAGCAGCUUGUCACUCAAUCAGUCGGUCAACCAACAAAUGAUUGUCAUUCAAUCAGUGGCAGUGUACUGUAUGCGUGGGCACCUCCUCACAGCUAACGAUAACGCCUACAUCGCUCGUGAUGUCACAUGCCUCCUUCCUGGGCCGCAUUACUCACUGUAAAUCCCUGCGCAGUAACACAGUGCCAACACACCCUGCCCUCACCACCACCCUCACAAUGCUGUUAUCACUACUCACACUACUCAGUGUCUGGGCCUGCUUCUCUCUGCGUGUAGGUUCAUGUGUGUGUGUGUGUGUGUGUGUGAUUUGAGUGUUAAGACAUGUUAUGUUGAAAGUCUGUGUAGUGAGAGUGUGUGGGACUAUAUAUAAAAAUCUGUUCAUUAACAAGUUGCCGUAAUUAUAUGCAUACGUGAUUAACUGGUGUGUGUGUUUGGCAGCUGUCUCCCAGAGGAGAGCCCUUCAACCAUACAGUCCAGUCCCAUUGGACUCUAUUACGUAAAUCAUCAUGAGUCCUUUAUCCCAUUGUGUCUACUGGGUUAUUAAUGAUCUACCCCUUUAUUAUCCCAUUUAUGAUCUGUGUGUUUGUUCCCGACUGUAUUAGCAGAUCCGAGGUCAGUGUUUAUAGUGUGUCUAGUGGAAGCUCUGUUCCCACACGUUCCCUGUUAGUGUGCCUUUGAUCAACUGCUACAGUCUGUUCAUCAAUAAAGUCAUAAAUAAAAGCAAUCAUUCAGAGCUGUUGUCUGUCACCACUGGUGUUGGUUGUCUGUCACCACUGGUGUUGGUUGUCAGUCACCAUUGGGGUUGGUGUUGGUUGUCUGUCACCACUGGUGUUGGUUGUCUGUCACCACUGGUGCUGGUUCGUAGUCUCUACAUUGGAUAUCUUCUCGUUCGGUGGGUCUAUUGCUGAAGCUGCCAACCACGGCCAGAAUCAGUGGGGAGAUCCCAAAGAUAGUAAAUGAUGUGUGGCCUCUCACUCUGUCCAUCCUCUCUCACCUUGCUUCACAAGUUCUCCUGAAUCUGCCAAAUCAACUAAGUAGUAAACAACUACUAUCUGCAGUCCUAUCUACAGUAUGGUCCUGUAGCCUCCUAUCUACAGUAUGGUACUGUAGCCUCCUAUCUACAGUAUGGUCCUGUAGCCUCCUAUCUACAGUAUGGUCCUGUAGCCUCCUAUCUACAGUAUGGUACUGUAGCCUCCUAUCUACAGUAUGGUAAUGUAGCCUCCUAUCUACAGUAUGGUACUGUAGCCUCCUAUCUACAGUAUGGUCCUGUAGCCUCCUAUCUACAGUAUGGUACUGUAGCCUCCUAUCUACAGUAUGGUCCUGUAGCCUCCUAUCUACAGUAUGGUCCUGUAGCCUCCUAUCUACAGUAUGGUAAUGUAGCCUCCUAUCUACAGUAUGGUCCUGUAGCCUCCUAUCUACAGUAUGGUCUUGUAGCCUCCUAUCUACAGUAUGGUACUGUAGCCUCCUAUCUACAGUAUGGUCCUGUAGCCUCCUAUCUACAGUAUGGUACUGUAGCCUCCUAUCUACAGUAUGGUACUGUAGCCUCCUAUCUACAGUAUGGUACUGUAGCCUCCUAUCUACAGUAUGGUAAUGUAGCCUCCUAUCUACAGCAUGGUACUGUAGCCUCCUAUCUACAGCAUGGUACUGUAGCCUCCUAUCUACAGCAUGGUACUGUAGCCUCCUAUCUACAGUAUGGUACUGUAGCCUCCUAUCUACAGUAUGGUACUGUAGCCUCCUAUCUACAGUAUGGUCCUGUAGCCUCCUAUCUACAGUAUGGUACUGUAGCCUCCUAUCUACAGUAUGGUACUGUAGCCUCCUAUCUACAGUAUGGUACUGUAGCCUCCUAUCUACAGUAUGGUACUGUAGCCUCCUAUCUACAGUAUGGUCCUGUAGCCUCCUAUCUACAGUAUGGUACUGUAGCCUCCUAUCUACAGUAUGGUCUUGUAGCCUCCUAUCUACAGUAUGGUCCUGUAGCCUCCUAUCUACAGUAUGGUACUGUAGCCUCCUAUCUACAGUAUGGUACUGUAGCCUCCUAUCUACAGUAUGGUACUGUAGCCUCCUAUCUACAGUAUGGUCCUGUAGCCUCCUAUCUACAGUAUGGUACUGUAGCCUCCUAUCUACAGUAUGGUACUGUAGCCUCCUAUCUACAGUAUGGUACUGUAGCCUCCUAUCUACAGUGUGUUUAGCUGGAGGAGAUAAAAGGCCAGGCUAGUGAAGUAUUACAAUCUUCACUACAUGCCUCCUGGAGCCUGACCAAAGACCAGUCCAUUGGGUGUUCAUCUCUAUCCCCUCUGAUUUCUCUCUCUCUCUCUCUCUCUCUCUCUCUCAGCUCAAAGUAGAUUAUAUAAAAUAGUGAAAACAUUUGCAUAUUGAGAGCUAGAGGAGUUCUGAUAAGUGUGAUUUUUGAUAAGUGUGUGUGUCUCUGCUCCAGUUGAGGAGGAGAACCCAGAGUUCUGGAGGGCCCAGGGUGCCAAAGCUUUGCAGGCGGCACUGAACAGGAAGUUGAACACCAAUGUGGCCAGAAACAUCAUGCUCUACCUGGGUGACGGUGCGUGACCAAUCACCGUCCAAACCUCACGUCAGUGGUGUAAGCAAUGUAAAUAUGAACAUUAAAGAAAAUUCGAACAACGUAUGCAAAUCUUGCAUAACAAAUACAAUGAGUGAAACUCAUCCGAAACCUCCUUUCCAGCCUAUUCUAAUUCACCAGUUACAGUCCAGUUCAACCCUAGUGUGAUGCAUUUCUCUGUGCCAUUUUCCCCAAGGUAUGGGCAUUACCACCAUCACAGCAGCUCGAAUCCUCAAGGGCCAGAUGCACAAGCAGUCUGGAGAGGAGACGGUCAUGACCAUGGACACUUUCCCCCAUGCAGGCCUCCUCAAGGUUCACACAAACACACACACACACACAAACAAACAAACUUCAGAUACCACAUUAUCAUGCACAGAGAUACCCAUAGAGAUUACACUUUGUUUGAUGUGCAGCUGCAACCAUGGGUACCUCUCUCAGAGGAAGAGAUUGUCUGUUGUGUAUUGAUGUGUAUAAUGAUGUAUGUAUGAGGUGCAAGCUCAUGCGUACAUAUGUGUACUGUGUACUUAUGCAUACAUGUUUGAUGUCCUGAUGCAGGUGUGUACAGUUUACUAAUGUAUAUUCCUUUCUAUCCCUUAAUGUAUGCAUGUACUGUCUGUGUGUGCAGACGUAUAGUGUUGACUUCCAGAUCCCUGACAGUUCAUCCACAGCCUACCUCUGUGGUGUUAAGACCAACCUGAACACGGUCGGGGUGAAUGCUGCAGCACGCAACGGAAUCUGCAAGACCCAGAAGGGCAACGAGGUCACCUCCAUUCUCAAGUGGGCCAAAGAUGCUGGUAGGAACCAUAUCUCUGCCCAACUUCCCACAUCACUAGGGCCCUGAGUUUGUCCUGAUCCUGUUGACUUACCAGGAAAACCUUACAGCCGAUAACUAGGGUCCAGAGUUUUUCCUGGACAGGUUAUAUAAUCAGGUGGGUGUUAGAUACCGAUACCAAGCACUAAUAAACAAGAGAGAGAUAACAGUUGGCUAGAUGUACAGUUGUGUCCAUCAGGACCAUCUAUAUCUGGAGUCUGGGCCCUCUGGCUUGUCUGGUGAUCAGGUGUUGUGGUCUGGUGUAAUACUGUGCUGCUGAUGGAGGCAGGUGAAUGUUACCUUUACUGUUAUCAGGUGCCCUUAUCACCAACAUAUCAUAACUCACAACUCCACAGCCCUGACCCCUCCACCCAGGCUGGGGGUGGGGGGGGGGGGAGAGGGAGGGAGAGAGAGACUAUGCUCAUAGUAAAUGUACAUAUUCUAAUUUCAAUGCUGUAUAAUGUGAUAGCUGACACACAAACACAGCCACAUGGCUAUAUCAUACAUUAAAUAUACAGUAAGUAUUAAAACCAAGGGUGAUUAUUUUGAUAGUGGACAAGAUUUGACAGAAAACCUCCUUCCUUCAUGACUUCCUCCUCUCCCACCCUCCUUAUUUCCUUACCUCUCACUCUUCCUCCUUCCCUCCCUCAUUCCCUCAUAGGUAAAUCCGUUGGCAUCGUCACGACAACGCGGGUCCAGCAUGCCACUCCUGCCGCAACCUAUGCCCACAGUGCCAGCAGGAGGUGGUACAGCGAUGCAGACGUGCCAGCAGGAAGUGGUACAGCGACGCAGACGUGCCAGCAGGAGGUGGUACAGCGAUGCAGACGUGCCAGCAGGAAGUGGUACAGCGAUGCAGACGUGCCAGCAGGAGGUGGUACAGCGAUGCAGACGUGCCAGCAGGAAGUGGUACAGCGAUGCAGACGUGCCAGCAGGAAGUGGUACAGCGAUGCAGACGUGCCCGCCUCCGCCAAGAAAGAAGGAUGCACAGACAUCACCUCUCAGCUCCUCAACAACACUGACAUUGAUGUGAGCAGCCAGAACCCCUCAGAGGUUCUGGUACCCCAGAGACAUGGCCUCCAGUACCCCAGAGACAUGGCCUCCAGUACCACAGAGACAUGGCCUCCAGUGGCAAGAGACAAGAUGGACGCCACCUCAUCUGACUGGCAGAAGAUGAAAGGUAGAGAAAAACUAUCCAACAACAAAUUGACACACAACAUUGGUUACAUUCAGGCACAAAUUUGCCUAAAGAGGUGUAUUCAGACCGCCCCUUUCUCUCGCUCUUUCUCUGUGUGUUUGUGACUUUGACGCUGUGGACCCUGACACCACUGACUACCUUAUGGGUGACUACUCUCCCUGCUCUGCUCUCUUCCUGCAGUACAGGAUUGUAGUAUUCUGGAAAGCUGUGUAUUUGAAGGUCACAACAAACAUUACUGCUGAUGCAUAUCAAUAGACACUGGGGUGUCCUUGGUGCUUUCUUGCACUUUGUAAUAGAGUACCUCAUCCUGCCUUAUCUAUUCUUACAUCACAGUCUACAUAUAUGUAUUGUGAACAUUGACUAAGAUGAUGCUGACCCAUUUUAUCACAUUUUCACGGGCUAAAGUGCAUUGAGUACGAUCUCACUCUUCUACAUAAAAAAAAAAAUGUUUCUUACCUUACCUGAUCAACUCUGUUCCCUGCAGCCCUGUUUGAGCCUGGGGACCUGCGCUUUGACGUGGAGAGAGACCCCACCAUGGACCCGUCCAUCGCUGAGACCACAGAAAAGGCCAUACACGUACUCAACAAAAACCCCAAGAGAUUCUUUCUCCUGGUGGAAGGUGAGCAAAGGGUUAACCAAGCUGUCAGUCAAUGAAUCCAUCAAUUAACCCAAUCCCAAGAGGUUCCUCCUUAAAAUAGGUGCACGGUUGUUUGUUAAAAUAGAAUCAAUCUAUUAAUCGAAUAAUCACACCACUUGCUUAUAUAAUUGAACACCAAGAUGCAUUGAUUUCAAAGUGUGUGUAACCUUAUUUUUGUAUCUUGAGUCAAUAUAGAGGUUAGUUAGUUGUGGUGCUGAUGCUCUGCAUGCCUCUCAGCAAGACAGUUUGGGACUGCAGUGCACUACAUGUAUCUGCAGACUGUAGUAGGAUCUGCAUGUGUUUGCCGCAGUGUGAGGAGGGGAAACAUUAUGUUGUGAUGCGACAUAUUACUGUUCCACAGCGGUGGCUCUUGGACCCAGGCCCUCAUCCAUCCUACCUUCAAUCUGAGGCACCACCCUGGGACCUGAUUGUUCUGUUGAGCAUCUUGUAUCUUCAACAAUGGGUUUUAAAUAACACAUCGCAGCAGGCUUUAAAUAGAGCUGGGCAUAUGGUGCACCGUACCCUCUCCUCCUGCUCCCUGGGGACCCAACAUAUUAGCCCAACUUCUCUCCACUUUCUGACUGCACUGAUGAGGAGAAGAGGAGCUCGUGGGUUUUACUUGGCUAAGUUACACUUGUAGUAGUGUCAUUUCAACUUUAUUUCAACGUUACUCCUUGUCCCUUACACACAGACCUAGGGUCAGCUUACCUUCCCCCAAUCUUAACCUUAAAUCAUUAGAGAUGACACCACAAUACUGAGCUUAGAUCAGGGUUUAUGGGUAACUUCAUCCUUCUCUUUCUCUCUCUGUGUGUCAGGUGGGCGUAUCGACCAGGGCCACCAUGCCAGCAGAGCCUCCAUGGCAUUGCACGAGACGGUUGCCUUUGACAACGCUGUCGCCAAGGGCCUGGAGCUGACCAAUGAGGAGGAGACGCUCACCCUGGUGACAGCUGACCACUCCCACGCCUUCACCUUCAACGGAUACCACUUCAGAGGGCAAAGCAUUCUGGGUAAGCAACGACCUCACAGAAACAACUUUCUGCAUGGAUUAUGGUUGAUGUUUCCCCCAUAGAGUUAGAGUUGGUUAUUGUAGUCCUCAUUCUGAUUAUAGGGCUUUUCCACUACAGUGUUUCUAUAAUUAAAGUGAUGCUUGGUCAACUGUUUUCAGUGGUUCCAUGAUUAGAUGUUUGGGUCAGGUCAUGCUAAAUGUAUGAAAUGAUCAAUAGUCAUGUUGCAUUGGUUUAGUAAUGCGCUUAUGUAGUGAAGCAGUAAGAAUCUCUCCCCCCUUUACAUACAAAAACACACCUCUCCUCUGUGGACAGGACGUCCUCAUUCUGCCACCUCUCCCCCCACCUUCCUGCUCUGCACCCAGGGUUGCCAUGUUUGCAGUUUUCUGACCAAAUUGUGAUACUUUGAAACUGACUACUUGGGCUACUUCUAAAUUGCAACAUAUUAACGCGCUAGAACUGAUAUAACGGUGACAAAGCAUUGGAAAACAACUUUAGGCGCACUACAGCUCUUUAGAUAAAUUUGCUCAGAGGUGGUUUAAAGUAAACUGCAUUCUAAUGUCGAAUUUUCUUAUGGAAAACCAUGUCAAGUGAGGGGUUUUACUCAUGCUCAGUUCAAGGGUCUGGAGUGCUGCGCAAGUGGACAUUUGAAAUGGAAGUUAUGGAACUCCCUCGCGUGCUUCUGUUAUGGGAAAAAGUCCACAAUGAAAAUGACAAUAAAUGUGGCGAAUGAUAUGGUACAUUUUGCAUCUGUUGGCCAUCAAGUAGGCUAUUAAUUUCUAUGCCAUUGUAGGCUACUGUAGCCUACCAUUUGAUACAAUAAAUAUAUUGAAAUGACGAUAUCACUGGAGUCAUUGCAAAUCAAUUUGCCACUUGUGUAGCCUACCUGGAGCUGGCAAACAGAUGUAAUAAAUAGCCUAUAACCCAGUUUGUUGUUGUAGCCUUGUGUUAUUAUGCAAUUAUUAAUGGCCCUGUUUAGUUCAUUAAAUUGAAAAUUGUCAAAUGUGAUCAUGGUCACAGCUGUAUCGCAAAUGUAUAAUGCUCCACAUGUAAUGUCACGCCCUGACUCUGGGGACUCUUAUUUGUUGAGUCAGGGUGUGAUUUUCUAUGUGGUGUAGAUCUAUGUUUAUAGUCUAGUAAUUCUAGAUCUAUGUUGGCCGGUGUGGUUCCCAAUCAGAGGCAGCUGUCGCUCGUUGUCUCUGAUUGGGGUCCAUACUUAGGCAGCCUAUUGGCACUAGUGGGUGGUGGGAUCUUGUUCCGUCUAAGGUAUGUUGUUUGUGUCUACCUUGGACUUCACGUUUCGUUUCGUUUAUUGUUUUGUCAAGUGUUUAUUAAGUUUAAAUAAACAUGUAUGCAUAUCACGCUGCGCCUUGGUCUGACCCGUCUAUGAACGAACGUGACAGAAGAUCCCACCAAACGAGGACCAAGCAGCGUGCCCAGGCGGAGAGAGUAGCCAUGUCACAGGUGGGCAAUUUGUGGUCAUGGGAAGAGAUAUUUGCAGGGAAAGGACCAUGGGCUAAGGUAGAUGCAACGGCAACACGGAGGAGGCCGGUCGAGGAGGAAGCCAGAGAAGCAGCCCCAAUAAAAAAUUUUGGGGGGGGCACACGGGGUGGUUGGCGGAGCCUAGGGUUAGAGCAGAGCCAACUCCCCGUACUCACGCGAGGAAGCGUAUGACUGGGCAAGCUCCGUGUUAUGCGGAGCUACGUACUGUGUCGCCAGUGCGCCGGCACAGUCCUGUACGUCCUGUGCUUGCACCACGCACGUGCCGUGCGAAGAUGGGCUUUCAGCCAGGACGGGGUGUGCCGGCUCAACGCUCCUGGUCUCCAGUACGCCUCCUCGGUCCCGCAUAUCCUGCGCCAGUUCUACGAACUGUAUCGCCAGUGCGCGUGCACAGCCCAGUACGUCCUGUGCUGAUGCCUCACACAUACUUUGCGGAAGUAGGCAUUCAGCCAGGACGGGUUGUGCCAGCUCUCCGCUCCAGACCUCCAGUCCGCCUCCACAUUCCGGCCCGGCCUGUUCCUGCUUCUCGCACCAAACCAGUGGUGCGUGUUCCCAGCCCGGCCUGGCCUGUUCCUGCUCCUCGCAUCAACCUAGUGGUGCGCGUCGCCAGUCCGGCCCGGCCUGUUCCUGCUCCUCGCACCAAACCAGUGGUGUGUGUUCCCAGCCCGGCCCAGCCUGUUCCUGCUCCUCGCACCAAACCAGUGGUGCGCGUCGCCAGCCCGGCCCGGCCUGUUCCUGCUCCUCGCACCAAGCCAGUGGUGCGCGUCACCAGCCCGGCCUGUUCCUGCUCCUCGCACCAGACCAGUGGUGAGUGUGUCCAGUCCGGCACGGCCCGUGCCCGUUCCACCGGUGCCUGGUCCGGCACCAGUCAGCAACUCCAGUCCGGAGCCAGAGCAGUCCGCUCCACCGGUGCCUGAUCCAGCUCCGGUCAGCUGCUCCAGCCCGGAGCCAGAGCAGUCCGCUCCACCGGUGCCUGAUCCAGCUCCGGUCAGCUGCUCCACUCCGGAGCCAGAGCAGUCCACUCCACCAGGGUCCAGUCCAGCUCCGGUCAGCGGCUCCACUCCGGAGCCAGAGCAGUCCGCUCCACCGGUGCCUGAUCCAGUUCCGGUCAGCGGCUCCACUCCGGAGCCAGAGCAGUCCGCUCCACCGGGGUCCAGUCUAGAUCCGGUCAGCGGCUCCACUCCGGAGCCAGAGUAGUCCGCUCCACCGGUGCCCAGUCCAGCUCCGGUCAGCGGCUCCAGUCCAGACCCAGACGUCAGCCCCUCUCCAGGUUCGGGGUCUCCCACACCAGGGUCCAGACAGGGCUUGGAGUAUUGUGGGAGGAAGGAGAGGGGAAGCAGCGCGCCGAGGUCCAGACCAGACCAGGGGUGCAACAGGGAGGCGGAGAAUAGGUGGUUGUCAUGCCCGGAGCCGGAUCCGCCUCCGAGGCGGAAUGCCCAUCCGGCCCCUACCCUGUUAAGUAAAGGUUGUGCGGUCGGAGUCCACACCUUUGGGGGGGGGGGUACUGUCACGCCCUGACUCUGGGGACUCUUAUUUGUUGAGUCAGGGUGUGAUUUUCUAUGUGGUGUAGAUCUAUGUUUAUAGUCUAGUAAUUCUAGAUCUAUGUUGGCCGGUGUGGUUCCCAAUCAGAGGCAGCUGUCGCUCGUUGUCUCUGAUUGGGGUCCAUACUUAGGCAGCCUAUUGGCACUAGUGGGUGGUGGGAUCUUGUUCCGUCUAAGGUAUGUUGUUUGUGUCUACCUUGGACUUCACGUUUCGUUUCGUUUAUUGUUUUGUCGAGUGUUUAUUAAGUUUAAAUAAACAUGUAUGCAUAUCACACUGCGCCUUGGUCUGACCCGUCUAUGAACGAACGUGACAUGUAAUGUCAGUUUUAUUGUGGACUUUUCCCUGAAAUGAGAUGUUGGCCUAUAAGGGGCUAUAGGCUGCCUGCAUCUAGCUCAGCAAACCAUGGCAAAGUUGAAUGGCAAUUAGAAACCCAGAUUUUAGUCAGUAGCCUAUGCCUAUUGAAAUUACAAGUCAAUCUAGCAAAUAGGCCAUUUAUAACGGUUUGUAGUCUUAACAUCUGACACAUAAUAACGGCACAAUUGCAGGAAAAUAGCCUAACAUUCGUUUUUUGCACAGAGACCCUGUCUGCACCCCUCACAGCUGUGAUGACCUCAGAGGUGGUGGUGGUGUGCUCCACUAGACUGCCUCAGCCUCCGUCUGGGAGAUGCCACUGGCACUUUGACAUUUCCUCUCCCCUGCAAUUACAAAGGAAAACAAACAGCUUAGAUCUCUCUCUCUCCUUCCCUCCCUCCCUCCCCUCUCUGCCUCUCCCUCCCUCCAUCACUCCCUCUCUGUGGCUCCCCAUUGUUCAGUCCUCUCUCCCUCUCCCUCUCUCUCUCUCUCGCUCUCUCUCUCUGUGGCUCUCCAGUGGUCCAGCCUCCCAGAUCUUGGUGAUUAAUGCAGUAGUGAAACACUAAGCAGUUCAUCAGUAGGGGCUGGAGAGUCUAGUACCUCAUCUGGCGACUCAACAUCCUGCUCGACCCCUAGCUCCCUCGGGACACGCUCCUCUCUCACUGUGUGUGUGUGAGACCUUUAAAUUGUGAUUAGCCCUGCUGUGGAUCUCUCUCACAGGGAAAUCUCCUCUGUAUGGGAAGGAUAUGCUGCCUUACACAACCCUAAUGUAUGGAAACGGCCCUGGAUACAAAGUCGUAGACAACAAGCGCCCUGACAUCCGUAAAGUGGACACAAGUAAGAAACCAAAACUAUCUUCUGUUCUUGUAUAGCUUUCCUCUCUGUACUCUCCUCCCUUCUCCUGUGACCUUCUUGAUAAAUAUCACUCCUGCUGCAUGUUUAUCUCUCCAGUCCAUAUUCACAGAUGUAUUAACCAUUUACAUAUGUAUUCACCUCUCUCCUCUCACCUCUCACCUCCCCCUCUCUUUCUCUUGGUCAGAGUCGAAGGACUACGUGCAGCUGUCUGCGGUGCCCCUGGACACUGAGACCCAUGGUGGAGAGGAUGUGGUGGUGCGGCCCCAUGGCCCACCUCUUCCACGGGGUCCAGGAGCAGAGUUACCUGGCCCAUGCCAUGGCUUACGCUGGCUGUGUGGGACGGGACCUCAGGCACUGUGA